AGGGCGGAGUCAGAGGCGGGAUCGGCUCGCCUUCUGCAUGGCCGAAGCAGAACUAGUUGCAGCUGCCAUUGCAAGGUCCACAGCCACCAACUGGGAGUCCCAAUGGCCUCGCCCCUCAAAGUCUGCAUCGUGGGCUCAGGAAACUGGGGAUCUGCUGUGGCUAAAAUAAUAGGCAAAAAUGUAAAGACGAUGCAGAAAUUUGCUUCUACGGUGAAGAUGUGGGUUUUUGAAGAAACCGUUAAUGGAAGAAAAUUGACAGAUAUCAUAAAUAAUGACCAUGAGAAUGUAAAAUAUCUCCCUGGUUACAAGCUACCAGAAAAUGUGGUUGCUAUUCCAAACCUGAAAGAAGCUGUAAAAGAUGCAGACUUGUUGGUUUUUGUUAUUCCUCACCAGUUUAUUCAUAAAAUCUGUGAUGACAUCACUGGACGUGUAGCCAAGAAAGCUGUUGGUAUAACUCUCAUUAAGGGAAUAGACGAAGGUCCAGAGGGACUCAGACUCAUUUCAGACAUAAUCCGAGAGAAAAUGGGAAUAGACAUUAGUGUGCUCAUGGGUGCUAACAUUGCCAAUGAGGUAGCUGCGGAGAAGUUCUGUGAGACUACAAUAGGUUGUAAAAUUUUGGAGAAUGGAGUCCUCUUCAAAGAACUUCUUCAGACUCCAAAUUUCCGAAUAACUGUGGUAGAUGAUGCCGAUACAGUUGAGCUUUGUGGUGCUCUUAAGAAUAUAGUGGCAGUGGGAGCUGGCUUUUGCGACGGGCUUCAGUGUGGUGAUAACACCAAAGCGGCUGUUAUUAGACUUGGACUCAUGGAAAUGAUUGCAUUUGCAAAGAUCUUCUGCAAGGGACAAGUGUCUACAGCCACCUUUCUGGAAAGCUGUGGGGUUGCAGAUCUCAUUACAACAUGUUAUGGUGGCCGCAACCGGAGAGUGGCUGAAGCAUUUGUUAAAACUGGAAAGUCUAUUGAAGAAUUGGAACAGGAAAUGCUGAACGGGCAAAAGCUACAAGGACCACAGACAUCUGCAGAGGUAUAUCGUAUCCUGCAACAGAAAGGACUAGUGGAGAAGUUUCCAUUGUUUGCUGCUGUCUAUCAAAUCUGUUAUGAAGGGAAACCUGUCCAAGAGAUGAUCUCCUGUCUCCAGAGUCAUCCAGAGCAUAUAUAAAACAUAAUUUACCAUUGUCACAGCUCCUGACCUCUCAUGUCCAUAUGUGGAUUCAAAUGGGUGUAAUUUCAUUAAGCUAUUUCAUGAAAUGGUCGUUAACAAUAUGAAUGUCUCUGGGCUUGUGUGGGUCAUUUUUACUAAGUGUAAUAGUGAAACUCAUAAGAUGCCACUUAUAAUUUCAUUGAUUAGAAU